UCUUGUUUAGGUGUGGGGCACUAGGCUGUUCUUGGGUUCAGCUUUAAUGUCAAUGGCAUUUUUCUAAGGGCAGGCUGAGUCAAGAAAAGCAUGCGAAGCGGAAGCUUUUCUCUCUUCUUUUGCUCUAAUUUCUACAACUGCUGCCCCGUCCGCUUCUUCUUUAUAAGAGGCCAUACACACCUUUAUCAAUCUACAAGCAAGAAGCUAAGCAUACUUGUAUUCAAGUUUGUUGAAGCCUGAGUUGGUUCUGUACCAACAGUCUGGACGUGAUCCACUGCAACUUACAGAGAUCGUAGAGUUCUUUCUAUUGUGGUGAGAAACAAAACAGGGGCGGAGAUGGCGGGAGUAAUAGGUGCUCUUGCAGAGACAACUAUUUCCAAUCUGUUGGGCGCUGUCAACAAUUUGUUGAAAGAGAAGGCGGAUGUUAUCUUGAAUGCCAAUGAUGAUCUAAAGAACCUACAGGAGAAGCUGAAAUUUUAUCAAAAGGUCAUCAAAGAUGCAGAUUGCAAGCCCUUUUUAAGCAGCGAGCGUGACAAAGAGCUAGAGGGAGAUUUCAAGGAUGUUCUUUAUGAUGCCGAGGACAUCAUCGAAGAAUAUCGAAGCAAAAUUGAGGUCACCAAGAAGGAUAAUGGUUCUACUUCAACGAACAAGGUAUUUAAGUGCUUUGAUGAACAUGCUUCUUUUCCCUUGCAACUUGGCAACGAAAUCAAAAAAAUCAAUGAAAGGCUUGAUGAAAUAAAAAAGAAUUGGGACAUGGAUCUGCUCAAACCAAAACUAAAAGAGAGUAGCCAAGACCAUAUUGGUGGAGAAGAUGACAACCCCGGAGAGACAACCCAUCACAUAGGUGCACAACCACCCAUAGGCAGGGAGAAUGAUAAAAGGGUGAUAGUAGAAAAACUCUUGUCCAAUGGCUCAGGAGAGAGUUAUGUUUCUAUUAUCUCUAUUGUAGGAGAAGGGGGGAUCGGCAAGACUACUCUUGCAAAAAUGGUCUUCAAUGAAGUCGAACAACAGUUUGGGAAACGCAGGUGGUGGGUUUGCAUUUCUGAGAGGCCAAAUCGUAUGGAUUUAUUGCGGAAAAUACUGAAGGAAGUGUGCAAGGAAUCUAAAGCAAGACUUGAUACUUCUUCGGUUGACUUGUGCUAUGAAAUACGGACAGAGCUCAGGAGGGAAAGAUUUUUGCUGGUCUUAGAUGACGUAUGGGAACUCGAUUGGUGGCAGGGAGAGGUAGAGAACACUCUCACGAGCGUUGCAACGGGGAGCAAGAUUUUGAUCACUAGUCGAAAUAUAAAUGUAUCCGAAGGGGUCGGAGCUUUAUAUAUGCAUAGAUUGCCAAUAUUGCCAGAAGAUGAGAGUUGGAAUUUGUUUUUGAACAAGGCAGUGAGGACCGAAAAUGAUUUGGCGAGCCACAAUUUGCAAGAUAUUGCAAAAAAAAUAGUCAAGAAGUGUGGUGGGUUGCCACUUCUGAUCCAAACAAUUGGUUCCUUAAUGCAAACGAAAAGCAUGGAAAAAGCAGAGUGGAAGGUGAUUGCGGAUAGUGUGAUUUGGGAAUGGAAGAUGCCUGCCUCAUCCUCUUUCUCUCAAUAUGGUAACAUUCUUCCUGGUCUCAUACUCAGCUACAAUGACUUGCCGUCUUAUUUGAGGAGUUGUUUCGUUUAUUGCAACAUUUUUCCAAAGGAUCAGGAGAUUGAAAGGGAAGGAUUGAUCAUGCAGUGGGUGGCACAUGGAUUGAUUGAGGAAAAGGAAGAAGUAGGUGUGGAAGUGACAGCAAACCAAUACAUUGAAGAUCUGAUAAGGCGUUGCUUGAUUGAAGAAACCCAUGAUAGAUUUUAUAGGGGUAUUUAUGUCAAAUUGCAUGACAUUUUGCAUGACCUUGCCUCGUACAUAGGUGGAAAGGAAUAUAGCCAUGCCUCUGCUACUGAGCACACCCGCCAUCUAUCAUUACUUGGUGUAGACGAUGCAGAAGCAGCUAUGCAAUGUAACACCUCAGCAGCAGCAAAUAAGCUGCGGACAUUAUUGUUGAGUGAAUACUUGUCUUCGGUGGAAUUCACCAAUUUCAAGUGGUUGAGGGUGUUGUCAUUUAGGGGAUGUCAAAUGGAUGAGCUACCGAACUCCAUUGAAUUCCUUUUACUUCUAAAAUAUCUCGAUCUAAGCUGGUCAGAGGUGAGACAAUUGCCCAAGUCAAUUGGCAAACUCUGUUACUUGCAAACAUUGAAUUUAAGUUAUAGUAAAAUUGAAGAGUUGCCUGAGGAAAUGGGCAAACUGUGCAACUUGAGGUAUCUUGGGCUGGAAAGAACAGAUUGUUUGACAUUUAUUGUAGAAGGCUUGGGGAAGCUUACCAAUUUACGGACCUUGCAUAGGUUUUUGAUACGCGAUGACAAAGGGGACACAAGAGGAUGCAACAUUAGAGAACUAAAAGACUUGAACAAACUGAAAGGGGAAUUGUUAAUAGAAGGUUUGGGUGGGGGAAGGGUGAAAGUAAUUGAUGCAGAGAAAGCACAGCUUAAGGAGAAGCAUGAGCUAAUUGGGGUGAAAUUAGAGUUCAAGUUGAACUGGGAUUACAAAGUGGAUAGUGAUUCUCAGAUGGGAGAGGAUGAUGAAGUGGAUAGUGCUUCUGAGGUGGGAGAGAAUGACAAAGUGGAUAGUGCUUCUGAGGUGGGAGAGGAUGACAAAGUGGAUAGUGCUUCUAAUCAGAGGGGUUUGCUGGAGGCUUUGGAACCUCCACAUGGAAUAGAGAGGUUGGGAAUUUGUGAUUAUGAAGGAGAUAGGCCUGCAUGGUAUUUGGACACCAACUAUGUGGAGCUGCAGACACUACAGCUGCGACGUUGCCCAUUGUUGGCAACAGUGGUAGGAAUUAAAUCAUUGAAAAAAUUGGAAGUGUACGGAUGUAAUAUGCUGAAGACUCUUGCUAAUAUGCCAACCUUGGAGUCGUUGAAAGUGAGAGAUUGUGGCAGCCUAGAGCAAGUAGCUGAGAUGCCUGCACUCAGGUCAUUGGAGGUGGGCAGAUGUACUAUGCUGAAGACUCUUGGUAAUAUGCCGAGCUUGGAGUUGUUGAAGGUGAGAGAUUGUGGCAGCCUAGAGCAAGUAGCGGAGAUUCCUGCAGUUAGGUCAUUGGAGGUGGGCAGAUGUAAUAUACUCAAGACUCUUCCUAAUAUGCCGACCUUAGAGUCGUUGCAGGUGGAUGAAUGUGGCAGCCUAGAGCAAGUAGCUGAGAUGCCUGCACUCAGGUCUUUGGAGGUGGCCGGAAAUAAUAUGCUCAAGACUCUUACUAAUAUGCCGGCCUUGGCGUCAUUGAAGGUGUUUGCGUGUGGCAGCCUAGAGCAAGUAGCUGAGAUGCCUGCACUCAGGUCACUGAGGGUGGUCGGAUGUAAUAUGCUGAUGACUCUGGCUAAUAUGCCGGCCUUGGAGUCGUUGGAGGUAGGAUUUUGGGAUAGCCUAGAGCAAGUAGCUAAGACACCUGCACUCAUGUCAUUGGAGGUGGGCGGAUGUAAGAUGCUGAAGACUCUUACUAAUAUGCCGGCCUUGGAGUCGUUGAAGGUGGAUGAAAGUGGCAGCCUAGAGCAAGUAGCUGAGAUGCCUGUUCUUAAGUCAUUGAUUGUGUACAGAUGUAACAUGCUGAAGACUCUUGCUAAUAUGCCGGCCUUGGAGUCGUUGGAAGUGAGAUUUUGUGGCAGCCUAGAGCAAGUACCUGAGAUGCCUGCUCUCAAGUCGUUGGCUGCAUACAAUUGUGAGAUGCUGAAGACUCUUGAUAAUAUGCUGGCCUUGGAGUGGUUGGGGGUGUACAAUUGUAAUAUGCUGAAGACUCUUGCUAAUAUGCUGGCCUUGGAGUCGUUGGAAGUGAAUUAUUGUGACAGCCUAGAGAAAGUAGCUGAGAUGCCUGUACUCAGGAAACUGUUUGUGUACGGAUCCACUAUGCUGAAGACUCUUGCUAUUAUGCCGGCGUUAGAGUCGUUGGAGGUGAGGUAUUGUGACAGCCUAGAGCAAGUAGCUGAGAUGCCUGCACUCUGGUCAAUGUGGGUGGAGGGAUGUAAUAUGCUGAAGACUCUUGCUAAUAUGCCGUCCUUGACGUCAUUGAAUGUGGCAGCCUAGAGCAAGUAAC